UGUUUUGGUACUGGGAUGUGUUUGUUGAUAAAGUUUAUUGAAAAAAAGUAUGAGAAGUAUACAGCCCUCUGAUUGGCUAAGGCACAGAGCUAACCUCUGAUUGGCUGAAUGGGCGACAGUUCAACUCUCGCGAUAAUUUGCGGGAACUGGUUUUAAACUUCGGCGGGGACAGCUGGUUGUUACUGUUUACUGAUUUAUUUUAUUGCACAGUCGUGAUGUGUUUGUAUCAGAGGGACGUUUUCACCUGGACCAAGUGACCAACUGUUCUAAAUCCGGACGUUACGGAAGCUGUUUUUGUCCUGUUUCAGGUGGAUUUACUUCCUGUUUGACUGCAGCUGGAGCUGCAGGAGGAAAAUUCCACAGGGUUCCUACACGGUCCUGAAAAGAACUCCAGGUUCGGAACCAAAGAGAAGAUGGCAGCGGAGGAGGAGGUGUCUCUGCUGAGGAGCCAGCUGAGGGAGAAGGAGGAGCAGCUCCAGCAGGCUGCUCGCGCUGGUCUGGAUCUUCUCAACCAGAAUAUGGAUCUGCAGACCCGGCUGGAUGAACAGAGAGUCGAGAUGACCAAUGUCCAGGAGGCCCUUGAACAGCAGAAGUACUCCCUGCAGAAGGAGGUGGAGCUGAAGGCCCGGAUGCUUGAAUCCCUGCAGUCGGAGUACGACGCUUUGACGACUCAGCAGAAACGGCAGCUUGAAGAACAGCUGGAACAUCUGGAGCGGAACCACAACCUGGCUACCAGAGAACUUCACAGCAAGAUUGUCAGUCUGCAGUCAGCUCUGGAGGAGUCUCAGCUGAACGAGAAGCAGCUGAAACACAAGCUGGAGCUGCAAACUGAGAUGCUGCACAACAAGACGGAGGAGCUGCGAGCUCUGAACGAACACACGCAGAGCUCCAUGACGUCUGAGAUGAUGGAGGUGCAGCUGAAGGUCAUGGAGCUGGAGAACGUCAAGGUGGAGCUGGAGCAGAGGCUGCAGGAGUGUGAGUUCAGAGAGCAGCAGCUGGAGCUGAGCAGCUGCAGCCUGCAGAGGAAGCUGCACAGAACCACUGAGGAGAAAGAAGAGCGAGAGAAAGAAGCCGUGUCCUGGUUUAAUGCUCUGGAGAAAUCUCGAGUACUGAACCGAGACCUACAAAUCCAGUUGGAUCAGGUUCUUCAACAGGCCCAGGAUCCCAACAGUAAGGGGAACUCUCUGUUUGCUGAGCUGGAAGAUAAGAGAGCUGAGAUGGAGAGACAGCUCAUCAGCAUGAAGGUCCAGUAUCAGUCUCUGCAGAAGGUCCAUGCCUUCAACAAACAGCAGAUGCAACGCAUGAAGGUCCAGAUAGCCACUCUGAUGCAGCUGCAGGGUUCUAGAGUUGACCCGGCUCAGAUGGAAAGACUGCAGUCCAUGCUGUCGCAGAAAAACGGGGAGAUCCAGGAUCUGAUGACUAAACUGCAGAGACUGGAGAAGGUGGAGGCGCAGCCAGCCAACCCUGGUCCAGCAGCAGGAGCUGAGGCUCAGGAUGAGACGUACUACACUGACCUGCUGAAGCUGCAGCUGCAGAACUCUGUUAAGGAUGUGCAGCGUCUGGGAGGAGAGCUGUCCCUGCAGAGGAUGAAGUCUCUGUCAGAGAGUCAGAGGGCUCUGUCUCUGGAGAGGAAACUCUUCACAUCAGAGCGUCUCCUGAAGCAAGCUCAGAGUGACAAGUUCAGGCUGCAGCUGCGUGUGGAGGAUCUGGAGCAGAAAUAUGAACCCAAAGAGGGGAAGAAGAAGGCUGAGAGGAAAAGGAAAGAGAAACUUCCUGUAGACGUCUCCUCCAUGUCUGAAGGAACAAACCCAGAGGAGCAGACUGCCUCUGGGGAUGGACCGGCUCCCAGGACCACAGACUCUGAAACCAGUCCUCCAGCUGAGACUGAGAGUUCUAACGAAGAGUCGCACUCUGUGCCGAGGCCUGCAAAGUAUCAGAAGAUCAAAGAACCGGACUGGACUGCUCCCCCCAGCUGCUCUGUGACCCAGCAGGUGGACUCUGAAGAGAACCAGCAACACAACAAGAAAGAAGAACGGUCUAAGAAACCCAGAACAGAGAUCAUCCAUGUGACUAAUAACAAGACCAUGGAGAACCAGUGUGCACAGCAGUAGAACGUCUGAAGAACAGUCCUGUCUUCUGGAUGAAAGAAUCUGACUGUAAAAUACUUUAUUUUGCUUCCUUUUUGACUUUUAUCAGUUUUUUUCAAAUCCCAUUAAAAUAGUUCCAACAUAAAA